GAGUUGCUGCUCUGUGCACAAACCAACUUCUACAAGCUUCUAUUUAUUGCGGUCACCAGAGUUUUCUCCAGUUCACCUCCAGACACCAUUGUGCUUGUUCACUGACCUUGAUUUUGAACUCGACUUGCUGAAGUCGUUUAUUCUGUCCACGUGCAUCUAACACAACACAGUCAGUCCUGCAUCAAACUUUUUUGUGUGGUUUCUAAACGGAAGAUCUGAAGUCGGUGGAAAUACAAAUUCGGAGAAAAAACUGUCGAGUGCCACGUUGUAUCUGAAGGAACGUACUUACCUGUGCCUUAGGCAAACCCUGAACUCAGAAACGAUGGGUCAUUUUUCACCGUCUAUCAGUGCACAGUGCGUGUGCACGUGUACGUCGCCUGUCAGCCUCCAUCCCACGCUGAGGAUAAACCAAGAAAACGAGGAGGACGAGACAAGACAGCAGCGGAAUCCACAGCAGCAGCAUCAGCCGCAACCCCACGAAGUGCCGUCCCACGCCGCCUCCUGCAUGAGGCUGAAUGACACCCCCACAGCCAAUCUAGCCCAGCGGAGACUCAGCCGAACCGUCAACCCGCAAAUCAUGGCCACCUACCAGCCCACGACCACGCAAACAGAGAGACUGUCCCCCGACAACGAGGAGAAUGUCGUCGAGCAGACGGAGUCAAUAGUGAGAAACUACAUGUAUAUCAGAUACCAGACUGAUAUGCAGUCGGAGGAGAGCGAGUUGUCCAUUGCCACGCCAAGGAUACCAGAGUUCCGGUGCUUCACAGCAAAUCCCCUCAGCCCCACGUCACAGGUCGGACGACGGCUGGCGGAAAUCGGCGACCAGAUCAACUCCCAGUACCAGUGCGAAUUUAGCGAGAUGAUAAGCCAGCUCCGCAUCACGCCCGCCACGGCCUACGAGGCGUUUGCCGGGGUUGCUAGAAGACUAUUCACCCAAGGCAUCAACUGGGGGAGAAUAGCGGCCCUAUUGUCUUUCGGCUACCAGGUGGCACUGAGCGUCAAGGCUGGCAUUGGCGAGUUCAUCAGCAAGAUCAUCAACAGCAUCGUCAAGUUCAUUUGUACCGAGAAGAUUGCGCAUUGGAUAUCGGAGCAAGGUGGAUGGCGUGCUGCCCUCAGCUACAAGUUUGAGACUUCAGAAAGCCUCAGGUUAUUUUUUGCAAUCAGCGUGGCAGCAGCAGCAACAGCAGGCCUCAUGUACUGGCUAGGACGUCGGUGAAACCUGCCUCCUCUCCACGACUUUUAUCAUCAUCCAUCGACGUCAAUGAACACAUGCGAAAGUACUAAGGGGCUUCUGGGAGAAUUCUGCCCCACUGGCUCAACGCCUUUGACGGAAUAUUUGUACAGAAAAAAGACUGUACCAGCAGUGAAUGCACAGAACAAUGGACAGCUGCGUGUUAUUGAAAACUCGGUUGUGCUUGAGUUUGAUGACGGCUGAAACACGACAGUGCGAUAAGCGAAGUCCGAUUCACAUAGUGAAAAACUACAAGCAUCUUCAAAGCCAGAUUAGGAAGUGGGUCUCCAACACUUCAGAAUAAUGUAAAAACCGACAGUUACCACAUAGCUGUCUGCACACUCAAUUUGGCCAACUCGUAUAUCAAAGUGAGUUGAACCUCAUAGACCUUUGUGCAGGGAGGCGGAGUCCGAGGGCAAUGGCUUUGUAUUGCGUGGAUCCAUUGUUACUAAAUUAUAAUAACAAAGCACGGCCUCUGAGAUCCAUGCAACGAUUGGACAAAAAGCUGUCACGUGACUGAUGGCUUUUUCUUGCUGCACUCAUGUCAAUAUCAUUACAGCAUAAAUCUAAACUUGUCCUUAUCCCUACCAAGUUUCAAGAACGCUGUUUUUUUUUUGCAGUUGAAUUUAGGGGGAAAAUGUAAAUGUAGGAAAAAAAUGGCAAGGUAUCUACAAUGCUAUUGGUUUUUUAACACUAUAAAUCUAAACUUAUCUAUAUCUAUACAAAUUUUCAAGGAUGCUGUUUCUUUGCAGUUGAAUUGUGGGGGAAAAUGUAAACGUUUGUGGAAAAAAUGGCAACAUAUCCACAAUCCUAUUUUUUUUUUAAAUUAAUGAAACGGAUCCGAAUAUACACUUGUAGAUUUCCAGUUUUUCAUUGGGCUCAACUUUGUGUGCAGACAGCAAUCAGAAAAGUAAAAGUUCAUGAAUAAUAGAUUGAUUUUGUUCAUAUUUUUUUUUUUUAAAGGAAAGACCUACGUACGUUGUGUAUACAAAAUGUAAAACUGUACAGAACCUGUAAAAAUAAUUGGGUUAUCUUGUUCUUUUACCUGGUUUUGCGACAAGGCAGGAGAACUUUUUAAAUGAACAAGAAAAAAACAAGAUCCAAGCAAAACAGAUUUUUUAUUUCAAAAUUCAAGUUCAACAUUUUUUGAAAACUUGAUUUUUUGGGGCAUCGUAAAAAGAAAAUGUCAGACACGACAUUUGAAAGAAACAAUUCCAUUUGUCAGAAAUUUAAUAAAUCCUGCUGUGAAAUCAGAUUGCACAUGAACAAUACACAGUUGAGCCACAGAUGUCUAGUCUUAUUUCGCUAAAAUCGCAACGAAUAAUACCUUUAACCAUUUAAGGGUCGGAAUAUUAUCAACAUAUAGUCCAUGCGCUCCUAUACAUCUCUUGCAUGUGGAUUCAGUGUUGAAAUAUUUUGUCACCAACUGCCUGCUGCUUAAGUUAAUGCUGUAUUUAUUUUACGUGUGUGAUUAUACUCAUUCAUAAUAAUAAUACCUUAAAUGACGGGAUGGACGUGUCACUUUCGAAUUGACUUUGUAAUUAAUUUACACUAAAGACACGUACAUGUUAUCUAUAGUACUCCUGUUUUAAUGAAAUAUCCAGACCGUUUGUUGAGUCCAUUGUUUAUAAAGUACUUGAGUCUGAUGUGUUAACGGUAUCAUUAGGUAAAUUGAAAUUUUCCUUAAAGAGUCAGAUUUUAUAAAAAAUGUCAGUAUAACUCAUCCACCAAGUGAAUCACUGAAGCACUGUUGAUGGUAUGCUGCAUCGUAUUAAAGUUAAUAUACAACAUUUGCUUUUGCUGUAAUUUUCAGAAAUGGACGUUUCGGGGGUUGGUAUUUUAUAGCAAAUAUCGUUCCACUGACCUGUUUAACGUUUUGUGUUGAUGAAUGCCGGAAAAUCAAGAAGAAAAAUAAAACAUAGUCUGGUUCCCUGACCCAAUGCUUCAGACGAAAUGCAACAAUUUAUAGACGUCUGGGAAUUGUCAAGUCAGGGAACCAGACUCUGUGGCUUGUGCCGUUCAUGGAUAUAUAACCCAUUGCAAAAAAAUGUGGACUGACUAAAUUCAGUCAAUUGGGGCAGUAUUUGAAAACAGGUUUUUUUUAUUCCAAUGAUGGCUGGGCCGAACCAUCGUUAAAAAAUGACACAAAAUUCCACUUUCCUUGAAAGUUACAGUAUACCAGGCGAAACGAUUCCACAAGAUGCUCGAGACUGUUAUUCACUUACAGUGCAUGUAUUUCAUAAUACUUGUAAUGUGGUGGUUACCGUUUUCAAUGUUUGCAAAUGUUGUAUGUUACCUUUAAACUAUGUUGCCGCAAUAAUAUAAGCACAGUAAAGUCAGUGCUGUUGAAGAUUAUUUUGGCCCAAGCUGAGCUUGAAAAGCCAGAAAUUGUCAAGCUCCUAUAAAAUGUUUACAUUAUGGUACCAUAAACAACACCUUUUGAUUUGUGUGUGUGUACACGCCUCUACCUUGACUAUAAUGGACCUAAUUGUGACCUCUCUUGAUCGCAUUUCUCGCCAAGAUUGUUUUUGUACCACCCUUGCACCCCAAACUCCCAAAUUAUUGAUUAGCCUUCGAAAAAAUAGUCUUUGAAUUGAAUUUAGUGUUAAAAUCAUUAAGAGGAAAUUGGUACAAGUAUCGUGGUGUACUGUCCAGAAAUUUAUUGAAGUGAGCAUUUUUUUUUGUACGGCAACUAAAACUUGAACAGAUUAAUUAUCUUUUGUCUAAACUGAACAGAUGCUGCAUUUGGUACUGAAGUAUUGUUGAUGCAUCCAAAUUUUGUCAACAAAGUUUGUCUGGUUGUUGAGUUGUAAUUAUUUUUGGCUAAUCUAGUGAAACGUCAUUGUACGUGUACAUUUCCUUGUCAUAUAUGAAUUGCGUAUGGAGCAUUUGAUGCCUUGCAGAACGGUAGCCUGGCUGAUCAGAAAUCUUUAUUUAAUCAGAUAUUCCAAGAGUAUCACUAUGAAUGGUGCAAGGAUGGAAGCUAGGCUAUUUUGUUCUCAGUUUGUGAUAAUCUCUGUAAACUGUACGUGUAUAUUAUGGUUGUUUUCUUUUCUCUCUUUGAUUUCACCAAAUGUCAAUAAAUUUGAUAAUGUACAAAUGAAAACGAUAAA